ACGUCUGGACAUGGUUGUCCCUCAAUAUGAAGUUGUGCAAAAAACUACAGAGAAGCACAAUUUAAAAACGUCAUCAUUGAAUUCCUUUGGGAAAAAUAAUCCCAUUUACAGAAGGAAAAUAUUUUCUACCGUGGCAUUCGAGAGUUUUGAGAAAAAAAUGGCAAUUUUAGUCACAUGACGGAUGCAAUUAAUUUAGAUAAUUAUCCAUCUACCGUCGUGCCAGACGCCCCCUCGUUUGUGAGACACAUGGAGUGUUUGUUUUAUUCAACCAAAUGACGGGACAUUCUUGGAAUUUGGAUAGUGUGCCGUACUGCCACUGUCAAGUCCAUGCGUCUGAAACAAAUAACUGGCUAUCGAAACUAACCCCAUAUUCAACAUGAACGAGGAACCAGAUGAGAGGUUGUGGUAUGCCAUAUGAUAAGUCAUCUAUUUGUGUUUCCUUCUCCCUCAAGAUAAAUAUGAAAAUCCUAUACUUGUUUUAUUUUUGUGUAGAAACAUAUAAGAAUGAGGUUACUGUGUUUGCUAAAAACUAUAUCCCCACAUUGCUAUGCCAUACAGCAUCGUACUUACGGAACAUUGGCCAAGUCAAAAAAUAUAUGUGUGAACUUUGUAAAUCCAUCAAGAACAAAAGUAUUUCAAAAACAAUUCUCUACCUCAGGAAGACUAUAUUUUCCAAUUCGAAAACGAAGGUCGCCAACACUAGCACCUGGUGUAGGUUGGAUGUCUGUGUUGUUUAUUGCAACUGUAGGUUCUAUUUCUAUCCUUAUUAUGAAGCAUUUCAAGUCGAAAAAAGAAGAGAAAUUUGAAUCUAAUAUGAUAAAGUCAAUGGGAAAACCAGCUUUAGGGGGAGAUUUUACUCUUAUAGAUCAAGACGGCAAACAAUGCAGUAAUCGCGACUUUUUAGGUCAAUGGGUUCUUAUCUACUUUGGAUUCACCCACUGUCCUGACAUUUGUCCUGAAGAACUAGAAAAAAUGGGAAAUGUUGUUGAUACAAUCAAGAGAACUCCGCAGUUGCCAGACGUUCAACCUUUAUUUAUAAGUAUUGAUCCUGACAGAGACACUCCUGAUGCUGUUAAAAAAUAUGUUGCUGAUUUUCAUCCUAAUCUUAUUGGUUUGACUGGAAAUCGUGAGCAAGUUGAAAAUGCUUCAAGAGCUUUUAGAGUUUAUUAUGCUGAAGGUCCAAAAGACUCGGAAGAUGAUUAUAUUGUAGACCAUACUGUGAUAAUGUAUUUAUUAAAUCCUGAUGGGGAAUUUUGUGAAUAUUUUGGUCAAAACAAAUCAGCAGGAGAAAUGUCUUCAAGUAUUUCUUCAAUAAUGUUAAAAUUCAAGCACAAAGAUUGAAAAACAACUAAUUUAUUAUCAAGUAGAUUCUUAUCUGAAAAAUGCAAAGCAUUAUCUUCGUUAUAGAAACAAUGAAAUUCGGGCAAAAUUGAAUAUCUUGUUAUGAAAAUCUCAUGCUGUUGGAUACUGUGGAAUUUACAAUCUUAUAGAACUCUGCUAAUAAUUUAUUAUUGGUUUUAGCAGCGACCUUUUAUAUGCAUAUGUUGCAUAUUGCCUUUUUUCAGUUAUAGCUCCUCGUCUAUAUGUCCAAACACUCUCUCUCACCAAAUAGGAUAAUGCACCCAAGUAGUAAUCACCUAUCUUAGCAGAAUGAUAUAUUUUUUAAAAUUCUUAUUAAUGGCAAAUAAUGUUUUUUUUAAUUUAGAAA